GGCAGCAUGGUGGCUGAGGAGGGCCGCACGAGGGCCACGGACUUCUCUAUCGCGGCCAUCAUGGCGCGCAGUGCCGCGGAGCCCCGGAGCCCCGGCGCGAGGUCGCCAACUCACAUCGGUGUGUCGUCGCGGCAGAGCUCACCGGCGUCGCUGAGUUCGGCAGCGUCGAGCUGCCGCAGCCCGGCGCCCGACGAGGACGUCGAAGUUGAUGUGGAGCAGUGCUCGGAUGGCGAGCGAGACGCCUCCGACCACGCUAUACCCUCGCCAGCUCCUUCCUCAGAGUUGGGCGAAAGAGAUACUCCGUCUCCGGUGCGACCUCUGCCGGCUACUUCUUGCAACUGCGAGGAGCUACUGACUGUGGACUGUCAGCUCGAGACCAAGGAGCUAUGGGACAAAUUCCACGACCUCGGCACCGAGAUGAUCAUCACAAAAACUGGCAGACGCAUGUUCCCGACGGUGCGCGUGUCGUUCGCGGGAUGUCGCGCGGAGGCACGGUAUGCGGUGCUGCUGGACGUAGUGCCGGUGGACGGUAAGCGGUACCGCUACGCCUACCACCGCUCCUCGUGGCUGGUGGCCGGCAAGGCGGACCCGCCCGCGCCCGCGCGCCUCUACCCGCAUCCCGACUCGCCCUUUGCCGGCGACCAGCUGCGCAAGCAGGUCGUCUCAUUCGAGAAGGUCAAACUCACCAACAACGAGAUGGACAAGAAUGGACAGAUCGUGUUAAACUCAAUGCAUCGCUACCAGCCUCGAAUCCACCUGGUGAAAGUGCGUGAAGGCGGAGGGCCUAUAACGGAUCUAUCCCGCGAGCAGCACAGGACCUUCGUGUUCCCGGAGACGGUGUUCACCGCCGUUACCGCUUACCAGAACCAGCUCAUCACCAAGCUCAAAAUAGAUUCCAAUCCAUUCGCCAAAGGGUUCAGAGAUUCCUCGCGGCUCACAGAUUUCGAUAGAGAUCCAAUGGAGUUGAUGCUGAUGGAGCAGCAACUGCUGCGGUCUCCUUUGCGGUUGUACUCUGGCGGUGCGGGGCCCGGCAGCGCUGCAGAAGAAGAAGAGAAGCGGGCAGCCUGGGCGCGAACACCGCCGGCACUUCAGUUGCUCGCGCUUGGCGGCCGCGCUUGGCCCGCCUGGCCCCAACCACUAGCUCUACCCCCCGACCUUUGGAUGCAGAAACCUCCCGCCCCGCUCAGGUACUGCCCCUACCCGCCACCUGCGCAUCCGCGACCGGACCACUCGCCUUCACCCAGACAUCCUCUGUGAGCUCCUAAAAAACAUUAUCCACGACUGGAACUUAUUGGAAGAAGGAAUAAAUCAUUUUAUUUAAAUGAACUAUCAAAGUGCUGUGACUGAACUGACUGUGAGUCCAUAUUUAAUUGGCAUCUGUGUAAGUGAACAUAGGAUGUGGUCAAGUAUUAUAAUAUUGUAUUUAACGUAGUUUAUGUAGCGAUGUAAUAGAAAAUUGUCAUUAAUUGAUUUUAACGAUAGACGUAAGGCGUAAUUUCAAUGUUCCUACCCAAGAAUAUAAUAUUUUUAAUUGUAUAGUUAGAUCAAUUUAAACAAUAGUUACCUGGUUCAUGAUCCUUGAUCUUGGGAAUCGGUUGAAAAACAAGUUUUCAUGACAUAAUUGACUCGCAAUAAUUAACACCAAUUUAAAAACUUCGUAGAAUGAAGAUUAAUUAACCAAAGAAUAAUCAUUUACAAUUUACUAACAAUUUUAUGUAAUUCAUGUAACGUGCGAAAAGUUGUGUGACAAAUAUCCUCAAUAACAAGAUUUACAUAAUUGUUUACUAUAAUAUUAUUAAUUUUGUACUAUGUAUAAUCCAUGUUUUAUGUCAAAUUGUUUUAAUAUUAACAUUUCCGUAUUGUAAUACAUUGAAUUAAGACAUUUGUACUGCAGAAUGUAAUACAAUAAAAUUAUUGUUUUACGAAAUACAUUCCAUUCAGUAAACAACUAUAAGUCGUUCAUUUUACCAUAUGUUUUUUGUUAAUAACUGAUUACACCAUAAAAUUGUAAUUUAUGUAUUUGUCAGAAAUGUUUGUAUUUGCCAUCCCUUAUUUUAUCGUUAAAAAUAUAGAGACAACAUUAUGUGUCAAUACAAGUCUUGUAUUACAUUGUUACGGGGCGGUUGACAAAAUAACAUGGGCAAAAACAUCCUGUAUAAGGUAUAGAUUUGACCGUCACUACAUCCUGUACUGUACAUCUGUUUGUUUUCUGCUGUGGACAUUGUUACAGAUAAUAUCUACUGUUAAUGUGUAUUCGGUUUUAUUUUUGUUUUUUUUUAUUAUUCGACUUGGUCCUUAGCGAGUUCCAAACUUUGUAUUGUAUCAGACAGAUGUCACUUAUAUGAAAAAUGUAUUACAGUUUUAGAUUUUUUUCAUCAAAUUAAUAUUGAAUAAAUACACAUUGACUGGAAUUUUAUGUCUUGUAAAAUGUUAAAAAACAAACUGUACUAUGUACGAGUAAAAUCUGUGAAAACAUUGUUAGUCAUGCGAAUAAAUUGGAUUAGUAUAUACGAGAAAUAAUCAGUUGAAAAUAAAAUUAUUUCAUACAGAAAAUAAAAUACAUAAUAUUAUUGGAAAUCAUCCUGAGACUAUUUCAAGCAUUCCUAAAACAUGUAAUUUUUAUUAAAAGUGUAUAAAAGUGUAGGUGACUUAACCAGUUUUGAUCCUUAUUCCUUAAAAUUGUGUCCUACAGAUUUAUAGAGCAAUCCAAUCCAAGUGAUAUAUGUAUACAGUGUUACAUUUGUGUGUAUAUUUUAGUAUUUAAGACUAUUUAUAUUCCAUUAGUGUUACAAGAUGUAUGUAUUGUAUAGUAGUCGACUAAAUUAUUUUUUUAGAAUAAGCACUGUACAUAGGCACGUAGCGGUUUGUAAUGGAUAAGAUGAGAUGGUACAUUAAGUAGAUAUUAAAAUCGUAGUCGCUGCUCCAUUAAUAAAGAUAAUAAAUUGUAUAUCUAUCAAAAGUAUAAGCCCAUUUUUUGUUAUCUGCAUAGAUAUGUAAUCUAUAGAUAGUGUUUCAUAAACAUUUGUAAUAAUCGAGAUAUUUGAAAUGUAGUUUUGAAUUGUGACAACUUUAAAAGUAUUUAUCCCAACUAAAGUCUAUCGCCUCAUGUUUGUCUAGAUUAUAUAUCUAUAGAUUAGCUAUCUAUGCGUGUGUUAACUGGGAACUUUCCUAAUUGGUACUGUAGUGCGUUUCAAAUGUAAAUUAAUUUAAAUACCUUUCAAUCGAUUUUAGACAGAUGUUAUUGACAGAUAUUAUUAUUUAAAAUGUAUGUAGACUCUGAAUAAUUUUUACCAAUAAACAAACUUUAGAAUUAAAACAAUUAAUCCCAAAAUAUUUUUGCAAAGUAUUUGAACCACUAUGCGACGCCCAGGCAGUGUAUUGUCUUAUUAUAUUCAAGAUUUGAAAUGUUAAUGUUUGUUUUAUUUUGUGCUUAAUAUACAUGUAUUUAGUUGUGUCUUAAUUCCCUGGAUUUGAACUACUUUUAAAUUGUGAGAAAAUUAGGAUAUUACAUCUUAAGUAAAGGAUUCAUCAAAAUUUUAUCAUUAAAUAGAAAAAGACACAUUUUAUUUGUAAUCCACACAACAUAUAAUAAUUAUUGCAGCAAUGUCUUGUUUAAUGAUUGAGGUUAUGUUUUAUUUCUGUAUUCAUUAUCAUAAUGUGAGCAGGACGCGAAGUAGUGUCACAUAUCAGGGUGCCACCCUACGUGUUAAUAAACAAAAUGAAAUUG